AUGUCGUACGUUACUGCUCAAGAGCUGGAGAUUCUCUCCACAAAGGUCUUCUCCGCCAAGGAGGCGGCCUACUGCCCCUACUCCAAGUUCCGCGUAGGAGCAUGUAUUCUGACGGCGUCCGGCGAGUUCGUGAUGGGCGCCAAUGUCGAGAACGCCGCAUACCCCGUGGGAACUUGUGCCGAGCGAGUGGCAAUUGGGACGGCGGUGGUGGCCGGGCAUAAGGAGUUCAAGGCGCUGGCCGUGGCGACAGAUGUCAAGCCUGCAGGUUCGCCUUGUGGAAUGUGUCGGCAAUUUAUUCGCGAGUUCACCGGUCCAUCGUUCCCGGUGUAUAUGUAUGAUCGGGACGGAGGGUAUAAGGUCAUGACUAUGGAUGAGUUGCUGCCGGACUCGUUUGGCCCCGAGCACUUAACCUCCACUUAA